CUGUGUUCUUGUCCUGCAGGCGGAGGAUCUGAGGUCUGAAAUGAAAAGAGAUUUUGAGGAGAUGAAGGCUCAGAUUGAGGAGGACUGCGAUCGCGAGAUUCUCGACGACGCCAACAUGUUUGAGACGAAGAUGAGAGAGGCGAAGGAGCAGAACAUCAAACUGGCUGGAGAGGCAGGUGUAAUGAAGAAGAAGGUGAACUCGCUUGCCAAGGAAAUCACUGAGCACAAGGCAACGAUUGAGAAGCUGCAAGGAGAGCGGAGUAAGUUGCAGGGCGUCAUCAAGACGUUGGAAAAGGACAUCCAGGGGCUGAAGAAGGAGAUGCUGGAGCGGGAGGAGACAAUCUCGGACAAGGAGAGACAAAUCGUUGACAUUCGGAAGAAGAAUCAGGAGUUGGAGAAGUUCAAGUUUGUCCUUGACUUCAAGAUCAAGGAGCUGAAGCGGCAAAUCGAGCCCCGUGAUGCCACCAUAGCACGCAAGGAGAGCAAAAUCAAUCGGAUGACUGCCGAACUGUCAGCGUAUGAGAAGGCAUACCAUGCGUACAAGCACGAAGCCACUGGCUACAAGCAGAAGCUAGAGUCACAGGAGGGUGAAAUGCUACAGCAGCAAGAGAAGAUCCGCGUACUUGGACUUCUUAUCAAAAACUUGAAGAAAGACCUGAGCGAUGCCCUGGGUCUCAUCCAGUAUCCCAAGGAGUUGAAGAAAUCCGUCAUAACAAUGGGAGAAACAUAUCUCCCCAAGGACAAGAAGCCGGAGGAAGUUGUCCAGAAACCGUCAAUGAUGUCAGAGUCCGAGAACUCUGCGUACGUCAUUAAUUGCCUGGAGCGUAGCAAUGAGGCGCUGGAUAAGACACUGUCAAAAGACCGCAAGAUCCACAGGGAAGAGAAGGCGCGAAUCUUGGCAGAAAAUGUUCAACUCAUCAAAGAGAUCAACGAGCUGCGAGGGGAUUUGAAGUCGACGAGAACGCGCGUGCACGAUUUGGAAGUCGCCGCCAAGUCUCAGCGCACGUUGCGCUUGCAGCAGGUAGCGGCCUCGGCAUCGGCAGUGGGUAUGACUGCUGGUUCUAGCAGUGCCAGUUUGACGGCGCUGGGUGCGAGCCCGGUGGCUGGAUACGGCACCGCUGUCAGCUUGCCACUCGGCCGCCAGGACAACGCCGGCCAGCAACGUGUCCACACCGGCACUGCCGGUCCUGACGACGUGUCUGAGCUGCGGCAGGUCAUCGAGCAGCAGAAAGAGGAGCUCACAGCGCUGCGGGUCAAGUACCGUGCCGCCCUGUCUGGCCAGAGAGCAACGGUUGUCAACUUCCCUAUGAUACGCUCCACCUCGGUUACUGGUCAGUGAUGCGGUCGGAUGAGUCUUAUUAUGCAUAGAUAAGACACUCAGUGCUGUUACUGUGCUACCUGCAGCAUGCUGUGUGCUCAGCAUCUUGACGGCAGGGGCACACGGCAUGUUGGUACCGGACUUGAUGAUGUGCAGUGCAUGAUUACAUUGUACCCAAUGGUAGGUGGCUGGACGCUGGACGGCCUUUGUCCACAACCUCAUGGGAACUUGACUCUAGAUCGGCGGACCGUGACUUCCUGCUAACACACUUGGCACGAAUCUCAGCGUUAACUUGUAUUCACCUGCUCUUGCCAUUCUUCUUUCCAAUGGUGCAAGGAUUUCUCAUACUCAUAGGAUGAUUAUUGCCACCGAGAUGUGAUGAGUUCCAUAAGACCCUGAGAGUACAUUAGAACUUACAUCUAGAGUUUUCCCUAACUGUCAAUCAAAUUUAAUCCAAAAUGCUAGUCAUUGUUGAACAAAUGGAUAGUUGUCCUCAUCUACUUGCAUCUAUUCGAGUGGCUGUACGUACAUUUCUGAUAAAGCUUGAAAUGUUUUUGUCACAAUA